AUGACUCAACACCCCCAGCAAAUAAAAUCCACCACCACCGUAGCACACUACCUCUUCACGCGACUGCAACAACUAGGCAUAGAAUCCAUCUUCGGCGUACCUGGCGACUACAACCUCCGUCUACUGGACUUCGUGACCCCGUCUGGGCUCCACUGGGUUGGAAACUGCAAUGAGUUGAACGCCGCGUACGCAGCAGACGGGUACGCACGCAUUAAAGGCGCAUCGGCACUGAUCACCACGUUCGGCGUGGGCGAGUUAUCAGCUAUCAAUGGGAUUGCCGGCGCGUAUGCGGAAAAGGCCGCGGUGGUGCAUAUCGUCGGUACGCCGGCGCGGUCACUCCAGGAUUCCCGCGUCCUGAUGCAUCACACCCUGGCGGAUGGGGAGUAUCGACGGUUCGCGACCAUGGCGCAGCAAGUGACGGUGGUGCAGACGAAUCUGGUUGAUCCGCGAACUGUUCCUGAGCAGGUGGACUGGGCGUUAAAGCAGGCGAUGGUCCAUUCACGACCCGUAUAUAUCGAGGUCCCUGAUGAUAUGGUGGAUGAGGAGGUGUCUGCGACGGGGUUGGCAAAAACGAUUGAACUUCCCGUGGAUCCGGAGGUCGGUCGCGAUCAGGAACCGAUGCAGCAGAUCCUGCAGCGGAUGUAUGCGGCGAAACGGCCGAUGAUCCUCGUGGACGGGGAGUGUCGACCGCUGGGGAUCGUCGAGCAGACGGAGAAGUUGAUUCAAACGACAGGAUGGCCGACGUGGACGACGGUGUUCGGGAAGAGUCUGGUCAAUGAGGAUCAGCCCAACGUGUAUGGGAAUUACCAUGGGGUGGUAGGCAGCGCCGAACACAAGACGUAUUUCGAGACGGCGGAUCUGAUCCUCAUUCUUGGUCCUCACUACACGGAUACCAAUACGCAAGCAUUCACGACGAUUCCCCGACCCUCGGUAACGAUUUCGUUCCUGCCGGAUCGCAUUGACGUCUGCGGGACUGGGACGUAUCGCGAGAGUCCGCGCUCGUUUCUCUCACGACUGCUUCAAACUCUAGACUCGAGUCGCAUCCCACAGAUCCCGAGUCUGAGUCGACCCAUCGUGGAAGAAGAGGAGAAGACCACCCCCAUCGACCCUGCCAGUCUCAUUGAGCAGAAAACCUUCUACCGGUUUGUGAACAGGCUGUUCCGCGCCGGGGACCUCAUCCUGACGGAGACGGGAACGGCAUCGCACGGCGGACGGGAAUUCCGUCUCCCGCCGGAUACGCGACUGUUCGGUGCGGUGACUUGGUUGUCGAUUGGGUAUAUGCUCCCUGCGACGUUGGGGGCAGCGCUGGCGCAGCGAGAGAGGAAAAAGGACACGGAUAAUAACACCCGCGCAAUCUUGUUCAUUGGGGACGGCAGUCUGCAGAUGACCGUGCAGGAGAUCAGCACGAUGAUCAGCCAGAAUCUCAAUAUUGUCAUUUUCGUGAUCAAUAAUAGUGGGUAUACUAUUGAGCGGGCCAUCCAUGGUCGAAAACAGGCGUAUAAUGACGUUGCGUCCUGGAGACAUGAACAGGCCCUCGGGUUCUUUGGGGCCAGGGAGGACCAGGUUGCCAAUACCUUCAGCGCCAGAACGUAUCAGGAAUUGGAGACAGUACUGGCGGACGAGCGCAUUCAGCGUGGAACGGGGUUGAGAAUCAUCGAGGUGUUCAUGGAAAGGGAAGAUGUGCAGGGAGUGUUGCUGCAGCUGAUGAAUAGCCAGAUCGCGAAGGAAAGGAAGUGA